AUGGGGGACCCAAGGGGACAUGAAGGGAUCCAAGGGGACCCCAAAGGGGCACAGAGGGGACCCAGGAGGCCCACGGGACAGGGAGGACCCAGAGGGGGACCCAGAGGGGACCCAGGGGGACAUGAAGGGACCUCAAGGGGACCCAAGGGGACACAGAGGGGACCCAAGGGGACAUGGGGGACCCAAGGAGACAUGAGGGGACCCAAGGGACAGGGAGAGGACGCAGAGGGGACCCAGGGGGACAUGGAGGGACCCAAGGGACACAAAGGGGACCCGAGGGGACAUGGAGGGACCCAAGGGGACAUGGAGGGACCCAAGGGACACAAAGGGGACCCGAGGGGACAUGGAGGGACCCAGGGGGACAUGGAGGGGACCCAGGGGACACAGAGGGACCCAAGGGACACAGAGGGACCCAAGGGACACAAAGGGGACCCGGGGGUGACCCGGGUGACGCGGGUGGCCCCGUCCGUCCUCACCCUCCAGGUAGUUCCUGGCGAUGAACUUGAGGACCUCGUCCAGGAGGAUGACGGGGAAGGAGAUCUUGAGGACCACGAACCA